AUGGCUUCGAAUUACUCUAGUUUUUUUGGUUACGAAGAGCCACACUUUUUAGAAUCUUGUUCUCUUUGUCGGAAACCACUUGGUCUUAACUCCGACAUCUUCAUGUACAGAGGAGACAAGGCGUUUUGUAGCAAAGAGUGUAGAGAAGAACAGAUUGAAUCUGAUGAAGCUAAAGAGAGAAGCUGGAAAAUUUCCUCAAGAUCUCUUCGUAAAAAAACUACAGAAGCAGCGAAAGAAUCAGCCACCGGAAAAACCGUACGGACAGGGACUCUCGUUGUGGCAUAA